UGUGACAAGAAGAAGUUACAAACGUAUUGGAUAUAACCCGUGUCUUACACGAUUAUUAUCAAAUAGAAUUAAUCAGAAACCAAACGAAGCAAAGUAACUUUAACAACAGAUUCUCUACCGAAAGCUGGGUAUUCAACUUGGGAAUAUAUCAAAAUAAGAGAAUGCACUUCCCGCUACUGCAACUGGUCUGGAUCACCUUCGUGGUCUCGCACGAAAUAAACACAACGCUUCAUAUACAAGGAGAAAAGGGACCUCAAUAUGUUUUUGAACCCAUCGCAUCUCCGUCUCCUGGCCAAGGGCAGAAUGCAACUUCUGUGCCACAAUCUCAGCUAGAAUCAACAAAGGAAGAAAACCCUACCUCAGUACUUCUGGAACAAUCUAUUCCCGAGUGCAAGGAUGACAUCAACCAUGACAGUUUAUUCGACCGGGCCUUUCUCUGCCCCACGGCUGGUUCUCUCUACAAGUUAUUUGAAAAAUUUGAAGGAGCGAUUCAUAGCAUGCGCGUCAAAAUCACGGUGGAGAAGGUAGACGGACAGCUAACACUGCAGCCUCCUCCAAGUAUCAGCAUCAUCUCGCUUUUUCUUCAGAACGCGAACAUAACAGAAAUAUCUCAUGAAACGGAAGACCAGUCCUGGUUGUCAUCCUUAACCCAGCUGGACCUGAGGAACAACUCGCUCCUUGAGUUGAACCACAUGAAGUGGAUGAGCGUCCUGUCCUCGCUGACGGUACUCAGUCUCGGAGAAACGCCUGUGACGGAACAGGCUCUGACGUCACUGUUGCCACAUCUUCCUGCUCUCCAGCACCUUGACAUCUCCUCUUCUGGCCUUCAUUUCCUUCCUGAGAAAGCCUUCGACGAGAACCCGGAACUGGUAUACCUCGAUCUGUCGAAUAACGACUUUAGGAAAUUAACACUACCUGAAAACAACCGCUGGACCAAGGCGUGCGCGCUCUACCACCUGUGGCAUUACUCGAGGCUGGCGCUGCACAUUGACGUCCGCGAGGAACUCGACUGCUUCAGCGAAGAAGUUCUUUGGAGCGAGGAAGACGGUGAACUGCAGCGGGAAAGGCCUGGUCGAGUUGCCGAUCCUCGUACCCUCUGAGACAGAGACCUUCCUGGCGGACAACAAUGCCAUCACGAACUUAGAUAACCUCGCCUCUCCCACGUACUGCAACCUCAAGCGCCUCAGUGUCGAGCGGAACCUCGUGACUGAGCUUUUGCUCUCAGGGAGAGGGAAAUGUGACUGCUAUACGUACGAUGACUACUACAGUAAGGAACAGAAGUGUUAUCCUCAGCAUCUCCACACAGUGUCCUUAGAUGAUAACAAGAUUAGGAGACUGGCCGCGGACGACUGUCCGUUGCUGUAUUCUCUGAGCACACUUAGGAUGUCUAGAAAUAAGCUGGAGCACCUCGGAGCGCAGGUCUGUGGCUCCCUCCACCGCCUGCAUUCCCUCGAUGUCUCACGCAACAGUAUCGUCAACGUAACCUGGCUUGACCUCUCCACAUACCCGUUCCUGCAGAACCUCAACCUCUCUUACAACGCCGUAGAAAAUUUCCCUCACAACGUAACCGAUCUGUCGCCGGGACUCAAGAUUCUGAACGUCAGUUCCACUUGCAUAAGGACUUUGAGUGGGACCUCGAGACUGAGUAUUAUUCAAGAAGACUUCCCUUGGGUGAACUGCAGUUUCCCUGAUCGAGAUAAGGUGAAGGAAGAAGGAACGAAGCCCGAGGCAAAAGUCUUCAUGCAAGCCAUUGGCUACUUCAUCGUAGUGAUCAUAUUCUUCUACGUGUUCUACGUGUGUGUCAGGCAGUACAAGUGCGGGUACCCCCCUGAAGGACCCAUCACACAGGAGAAUGAAGACACGAGUGAGCGCAUGUACUCGGUUUUCGUCGUCCAUUCCUCAAAAGACCGUGAGAUGGUGCGAAAAAACCUCAUCAUACCACUUGUCCAACGCGGAUACAGUGUAGCCUGGCACGAGAAUGCGUUUGUGCCCGGGGCAUGGAUACUGGAGAACAUAGAGAGAGCGGUUAGAAAUUCGGAAAGGAUGGUGGUCUUUGCGACUGACAGUCUUGCAGCGAGUAGGUGUUCUCUGCAAGAGAUCCGUCGCGGGCGCUACGAGGAAAUGGACAGAGAGGGAUUCAGGAUUAUGGCUUUGGUCACGGAAACGCUACCGAGGGCGCUGAAGCUGGACCUAUACGAGAUCGUCGCCCUGCGCACGCACAUCCACUACAGCGACAGAGACUACAUCGAGAAGAUCUGCCAGUUCCUGCGCCCCCCGCGGCCGGUUCCGCUGCAGGACGUGUCCCUUCCGAGCGCCAGCAGCAUCCGGUCGCAUCUGGAUCGCUUUGAUGAAAUGCGGAGAGGACACAGGAAUCAGAGUAUGUCUGAUGUAAUUAACGUGCAUCGCGACAAUGAAGGUUAUGUUAUCGACCAGUACACCGCGUCUAUCACCAAAGGAGCGAAGGUGUCGCCCUGGUCACAGUUGUCGCUAGAGGAUCGGUUUCAGAUGAUUUCAAGAUACACCAAGAGCCCAGGAAUGCCCCCAGAAGUCUACGCAGAAACAAGGAGUCUAAACUACGUGUUAGUGGAUCAGGAAAACGACCACAGCGAGGAUGAAGAUUCGUUCCAAUUGGUCACCUCCUCCAGGCUCUCCAUCGCAAGAACUUCCUGUCGGUUUU